UAGGCCAGGCUCUCCUGGCAGCUGCCAAAUCGAGAGGGAUCCAUUAUAAUGCAAUAUAGCCUGAUUCAUAUCUUCUGCUCCUUCGUGGAAGCCCACAUCAACUGCCGUUGAACAGUGCUGCAGCAUUGCAACCUGAGGCAGUUUGGAACUCGCCAUACAGACCUAACGGACCACAAUCAUGACGGACUCCAAAUAUUUCACAACAAACAAAAAAGGGGAGAUCUUUGAACUCAAGGCAGAGCUGAACAAUGAGAAGAAGGAGAAGAGAAAAGAGGCGGUGAAGAAGGUCAUUGCAGCCAUGACGGUUGGCAAGGAUGUCAGUUCUUUGUUCCCAGAUGUGGUGAACUGCAUGCAGACUGACAACCUGGAGCUGAAGAAGUUGGUUUACCUCUACUUGAUGAACUACGCCAAGAGCCAACCUGACAUGGCCAUCAUGGCCGUCAACAGCUUUGUCAAGGACUGUGAGGACCCCAACCCUCUCAUCCGGGCUCUGGCCGUUCGCACCAUGGGCUGCAUCCGGGUGGACAAGAUCACUGAGUACCUGUGUGAGCCUCUGAGGAAGUGCCUGAAGGACGAGGACCCGUAUGUGAGGAAGACUGCAGCUGUUUGUGUGGCAAAACUUCAUGACAUCAAUGCCCAGAUGGUGGAGGACCAGGGCUUCCUGGACUCUUUGAGAGAUCUUAUUGCUGACUCAAAUCCCAUGGUUGUGGCCAAUGCAGUUGCUGCCUUGUCGGAGAUCAGCGAGUCCCACCCCAACAGCAACCUGCUGGAUCUGAAUCCCCAGAACAUCAACAAGCUGCUGACUGCCCUCAAUGAGUGCACAGAGUGGGGUCAGAUCUUCAUCCUGGACUGCCUGUCCAACUAUAACCCCAAGGAUGAGCGAGAGGCCCAAAGCAUCUGUGAGCGUGUCACUCCCCGGCUGUCUCACGCCAACUCUGCAGUGGUGCUGUCAGCUGUCAAGGUGCUGAUGAAGUUCUUGGAGCUGCUGCCCAAGGAAUCGGACUACUACAACACCUUGCUGAAGAAGUUAUCCCCACCGCUGGUCACCUUGCUCUCUGGAGAGCCAGAGGUCCAGUAUGUGGCUCUGAGGAACAUCAACCUCAUUGUCCAGAAAAGGCCCGAGAUCCUGAAGCAGGAGAUCAAGGUGUUCUUUGUAAAGUACAACGACCCUAUCUAUGUGAAACUGGAGAAACUGGACAUCAUGAUACGCCUGGCCUCUCAGGCCAACAUCGCCCAGGUGCUGGCUGAACUGAAGGAAUACGCCACAGAGGUGGAUGUUGACUUUGUGCGCAAAGCCGUACGAGCCAUCGGGCGUUGUGCCAUCAAAGUGGAGCAAUCAGCCGAGCGCUGUGUCAGCACCCUGCUGGACCUGAUCCAGACCAAGGUCAACUACGUGGUUCAGGAGGCUAUUGUGGUCAUCAGGGACAUCUUUCGCAAGUACCCCAACAAGUACGAAAGCAUCAUCGCCACACUGUGUGAGAACCUGGACUCUCUGGACGAGCCUGAUGCCCGUGCGGCCAUGAUCUGGAUUGUCGGCGAGUACGCCGAGAGGAUCGACAACGCCGACGAGUUGCUGGAGAGCUUCCUCGAGGGUUUCCACGAUGAGAGCACUCAGGUCCAGCUCACUCUGCUCACUGCCAUUGUGAAGCUGUUCCUUAAGAAGCCAUCAGAGACUCAGGAGUUGGUGCAGCAGGUCCUCAGUCUGGCUACUCAGGAUUCUGACAACCCUGACCUGCGUGACAGAGGCUACAUUUACUGGCGUCUUUUGUCCACCGACCCCGUCACUGCCAAGGAGGUGGUGUUGUCCGAAAAGCCCCUGAUUUCCGAGGAGACGGACUUGAUCGAGCCCACCCUGCUGGAUGAGCUCAUCUGCCACAUAGGCUCUCUGGCCUCUGUCUAUCACAAACCCCCCAGCGCCUUUGUGGAGGGCAGCCAUGGAGUCCACCGGAAACACCUUCCUGUCCAGCACAGCAGCAUUGAUACAGGUGAGAGCCCAGUGAGCGGUGGGCCAGCAGCUGCCAUGGACCAGCCACAUGUCAUCCCCAGCCAGGGAGACCUGCUGGGCGACCUGCUCAACCUGGACCUGGGCCCUCCAGUCAAUGUGCCCCAGGUGUCCUCCAUGCAAAUGGGAGCGGUGGACCUGCUGGGAGGAGGCCUGGACAGCUUGCUGGGGGGAGACCUGGGCGGAGGUGUUGGGGGAAGUCCAGCAGUGGGACAGAACUUCAUCCCCUCGUCUGUCCCCAGUACUUUUGCUCCGUCACCUACACCAGCACCUCCAGCUGUCAGCAGUGGCCUCAACGACUUGUUUGAGCUUUCCACAGGCAUGGCCAUCACCACUGGAGGCUGCACCACCCCGAAAGCAGUGUGGCUGCCUGCAGUGAAAGCCAAGGGACUGGAGAUCUCUGGAACUUUCUCUCGCCGCCAGGGCCACAUGUACAUGGACAUGACCUUCACAAACAAGGCUCUGCAACACAUGACCGACUUCGCUGUCCAGUUCAACAAGAACAGUUUUGGGGUGAUCCCCACCAGUCCUCUGCCUGUUCACACUCCUCUAAUGCCUAGCCAGAGUAUCGAGGUCUCUUUGCCUCUCAACACCAUUGGGCCAGUCAUGAAGAUGGACCCACUCAAUAAUCUGCAGGUGGCUGUGAAGAACAGCAUCGAUGUCUUUUACUUCAGCGUACUCAUCCCUCUCAACGUUUUCUUUGUCGAGGAUGGAAAAAUGGAACGACAGGUGUUCCUGGCCACCUGGAAAGACAUCCCCAAUGAGAACGAACUCCAGUAUCAGAUAAAGGAGUGUCACCUAAAUGCAGACACAGUAUCAGGGAAGCUGCAGAACAGCAACAUCUACACCAUUGCCAAGAGAAACGUAGAAGGCCAGGACAUGCUGUACCAGUCCCUCAAGCUAACCAACGGAAUCUGGAUCUUGGCUGAGCUCCGAAUUCAGCCGGGAAACCCCAACUACACGCUGUCACUCAAGUGUCGGGCACCCGAGGUUUCUCAGUACGUCUACCAGAUGUACGACUUUGUGUUGAAGAAUUGACCUGCUCUGACACUUGGUUACUCUGCUUCAUCCUGACAACAGUGUGUUAUCAUCUUCUGUCACCCGCAGCCAACUGCCAAAACAAGGCAAUUCAAACGGUUAACGUUGCGAAAAUACGUUUGGAACAUUAGAGUCUUUUUCCUUUGGGAGUACCAACAAAGCAAAUUUCACCAUGCUGUAGUUCUGUAUAAUGUACUGAAGUUAAUCAACUGUUGUUGCCUUUAUUUUGGCAGUUGAAAGCAUAAUUCAUAGAACAUAAUUAUCUUGUUCCAACUCCCCUUUUCAGUUUACCUCACAGUAAAAGAAUUUACCAUUCCAUCCUUAACUUAGUGUCUUAAUGUUGUAAAGUGACUGAUGGUGAAACUGUCCCGAGUAGAAACAAAAUCUCCCCAGUUUCCAUGAAGCCAUUGUAUUGGUUUUAUUUUAUAUGAUGUGGCUUCUUUUUCUUUUGAUUUAUUUUUGAUAAUGGCUUAGCUUCAGUUGAACCCACAUAUUCCAGUUGUUUUCCCUCUCGCCUUUAAAGAGUUGAGUCCAGUGAUGUGUUUGUCUAAUCUACAGCAGGUUUUGACUCCUGGGGGACAUGACUCACAAUAACAAACAUUACCAAUCACAUUGAGCAGCUUCUUGUAUGUAAUUCAAUUACUUCAGUUUUUGCAGCAAUUAUGACUUUGUGACAUUGAAAAGUAUUAAAUAUUGUACAGUAAUUGAAAAAAGCUUUAAGUUGGAAAAAGUAAAUGCAGACCAGAUUUAAGAGACGUUAGAGCACUAGUAUCUCUAACGUAACUAGUAAACCCAAGCACUUUACUGCUGCUCUCCACCUGUGAAUCACUGCGUUACUAACAUUCUUGGUUAAUCUGGCAGAGUGGGGGCCGUGUAGUGUUGGAUGGCUGCAGUGCACUAACGCUCUGCAGGUGGUAAAACAGCACGGGUCUUAAAGUGGCAGUAAGCGAUUCUAAAGCAACACAUGUUUUGUAAAAAUCAGCGAAUAUUUCCUUUCGGUCCGCUAGCUGUCUUUUCUGUGUGUGCACCGAAAAUAAUCCUGGUUUUCGGUUCAGCCCAGGCUUUGCAAAUUGAAAACGGAAAAAAUGGUGCGGACACACAUAUGCGAGUGCAGUUUGUAAACAUCACUCGUCGACACGUUUAGAGACGUGCUGGUGGGUGGCUCUGAACUCCGUGGUUUUGGCCUAGUGGUUAGCACGUCGGCCUCCCAUACGAGAGGUUGGCAGGUUCGCUGCCCGGCCAGAGCAGUAAAAUCACAACAACAACAAAGAGAGAAACAAGCUCUCCCCAAAAUCGCUUACUGCCCCUUUUAUUUACAACGCUACCUUUUCAGAAACCUUUCUAAAUUCAAAAAGUUAACAAAACUUAAAGCCACAUGAAGGAAUUAUAAUUGUACUGCUGUGGCACAAUUAUAAAGUCAUGUUAAAAUAUAUAAUGUAAUACAUGAAUUGUAGUGAGUGUCUACAGACUGUGUACACUGAGGGACUCAAAGACAGUCAGGAAGCUUCUGUCUAUUACAAUUACAAUUUAAUGGUCGGCAUUGUUUUCAACUUGUAUGUUUUCGCCUAUUAGCUUGGAACCACUACACAAACCACAUCAGCUAUUGAUUAUGUGUUCACACACCAGUGCCACUCCAUUUUAAGAAUAUUUGCUCAUUCAUUUUAAAUGUAAUUUUUUUUUUCUUGUAAGAGCCCUGUUUACUGCAACCACAUAGUUGUACACGGCUUUCUACACCUAUAUUUUCAUUCCUAUUUAUUGUGCAUCUACCUCUGCGUUAAUGUUGCAGUAGCUUCAAUUCUGUAAUGUGCUUUAAAUGUUUCCACCUUUUCUUUUGAUGCCAGUGUUGUUUUUGUAAUCUUUUGUCCAAACCUGUGGCAAUUUAGCCAAACCAGUCUCACAGGACCAAACAGUCAUGAAAAUUAAAUGCCAAGUUGAUGUUUUAAUACCCUAAUCUCAAUACAGUUUUCUAAUAUUGGCAGUGUGUGUGCUAUAGAACCUUAAAUUGCAUUCAAUUUAAGACCUAGUUGACCUAGUACAGUGUAGUCAAGUGAUGGUGUAGUUAAUGUAGCUGAUAAAUUUAAAUGAUUUGAUAUUGCCAUGAAAAUUAAACAAAGCCUUGCCUCUUGUCUAUUCAACAGUAAAGGCUUUUAUUCAGAAAAUCGUAUGUGAUGGUGGCACUAUUUUCAUAGAUGAUAAUGUAAAAAAAAAAAAAAAGUUUAUGUGCCUGCAUGAGUACACUGUCCGUUUUAUCCUUUUUCAUUUCGGCUGUGGGUAUGCUUUAUUUAAAAACAAAUAAUCUCCCAACUUCAUAUCUCUAAUGUAGUUUUUUGUUUUUUUUAGCAGCAUUGUCUUAAGCACUCCCACAAAUAGAAGUAUAUCCAAAACUGUUUCCAGCAAUACAGAAUGUGUGGAGAGUCAUCAUAGAAUCUUAUGAAAUGGAAUAUUUCUCACGUCAUUGCUGUAACCCCAUUGAAAAUUAUAAAUGUCACAGUAACACAUCUUAUGUCAAUAAAUCUUCGAACUCACAA